CACACUAUCAAGCAGAAGUCACUCAUUUCAUGUGAUGUGAAGCAAUAGCGAGGUCCAGAAAUGCAAGCUGUCUAUGAAGAUAUAAGUUUUGAUCUCUGCAAAAUGGAAAGUAGUGAAAACUAUCACUCUCCAACAGACACAGAGGAUGAUAUUUAUGUGAAUACAGAAGAUUAUCGUGCAGAGCUGAAAAAUUCAGAUAUCUCUGACUGCAAUGAGCUGAAAGACAAGAAGAAACCAGGAAAGAUCUUCAGAUCUGCUUUUGGUCUCCUCCUAAUACUUGGUGUUUUAUUAACACUCUGUGUUGUAGGGAUCCUUUAUCACAAUAAAGUGGUUUCAUAUGAGAUAUUAAGUGAACAGUAUUCUAAUGUUACUGAAACACUGAUGACACAGGAACAUGAAGCCAAGGAGCUAGAAAAACUGUAUGAAGCACUGACAGUGAAGCACCUGCAAGUUCAGGAAAAUCUCACUGCAUGCAGUGCAAAUAAAAACAAUGGACAAUGUGAGGAAGGAUGGAAGUCUCUUGGUUUAAAGUGUUACUACUUCUCCAGUUUUAAACUGAACUGGGAGCAAAGUAGAGAUUACUGUGUGGAGAAAGGAGGCCACCUGGUGAUUAUAACCAGCCAAACUGAACAGAAUUUUGUAGUUUCACAAAUUGGAGAAACACACUGGAUUGGUUUGAAUGACUUGGAGACUGAAGGACAGUGGAUGUGGGUGAACAACAAGCCUUUAAAGGAGACAGGUGUAACGUUCUGGUUUAGUUCUCCAGGGGGAGCAAGGGAGCCCGAUAACUGGAAAAAGAUGGACCCUUCUGGAGAGAAUUGUGCUGCUCUGGGGGAUGCAAAUGGUAACAUGCAUACAUGGUUUGAUGCUUCUUGUAGUACAAUCAAAAAGUGCAUCUGUGAAAAGUAAAAGAUUUUUCACUAACAUUUGAGUCUGCAAACACUUGUUUUUAUGAAUGCAGGAAAGUUCUUGGUUGUUGACUAUAAAUGUUUGACAUUGUAAAACAGCUAAUGUUAAGUUUAUCUAUAGUUUCUUUUUUCAUUUUUCAUACUUGGAUCAUGUGUGGAUUUUCUCCUUCUGCCUGUGGAAAUCUUAAAUUUGUACUGUAGGGAUGAACAUGUGUCUAUUUUAUGAAUGAAGUGUGUCCAGAUUAUGUUAGCUGAAGCUAGAUGUAACCUUAUGUUGCUUUGAAUAAAGAAAUUAAAUAAAAUUGUACAAGUCUGGGGAAAAA